GGGCUGGAGACCGCCCCCUCGGCCACAAGAGAGAAGAUCCGGUCCAGGUUCCAUGGCAGCCAUGACCUCAUCCACCGCCUGUUUGUCUGCAUUUCAGGGGUGGCUGACCAGCUGCAGACAAACUAUGCCAGCGACCUGAGGAGUAUUCUCAAGACCCUUUUUGAGGUCAUGGCCACCAAGCCCGAAACAGAUGACAAGGAGAAGUUAAAGAAGGUCACCCAAAGCCUGCGGAGUGCGGCCUUGGAGGACUGUGCCCUCUGCCAGGAGACCCUAUCAUCCUCUGAACUGGCAGCCAAGACCCGAGAUGGGGACUUGGAAGAUCCACCGGAGUGGGUCCCAGACGAGGCCUGCGGCUUCUGCACCGCGUGCAAAGCGCCCUUCACCGUCAUCCGCCGGAAACACCACUGCCGCAGCUGCGGGAAGAUCUUCUGCUCCCGCUGCUCCGCGCACUCGGCGCCGCUGCCGCGCUACGGGCAGGUGAAGCCCGUCCGCGUGUGCACGCACUGCUACGUGUUCCACGUCACGCCCUUCUACAGCGACAAGGCGGGCAUCUGA